AUGUUCCCUUUGGUGAUGCUCGGCAUUUUGGCCGAAGCUCUGACCGUUGCUGCAUCACCAGCUCGGCAAGAAGACCUCUCAACCUACGUGAAUCCCUUCAUUGGCACGGCGGGUCCCGAUGGAACUGGCGCAAAUUCUGGUGAUACAUUCCCCGGUGUCUCUGUGCCUUUUGGGGUCGUGAAGAUUGGCCCAGACACUACGGAGAUGAACCCAAGCACAAAUGCCUUUGCUGGAUACACGCCUGAUGGAAAUGUCACUGCAUUUACCUGUUUUCAUGAGUGUGGCAUUGGAGGGGCCUCAAAGUACGGCGUUGUCGGACACAUGCCGCUCACAACUAUCUCCGGUAUCAAUGUCCUUGACAAUGCUACGUACCAGCAGCCUCGCUUGGCGAUGGACAGAGCCUCUGUUGGCUACUACCGGUCUGAUUUGGCCAACGGCGUAACGGUAGAGCUCACUGCCUCCAAUCAUGCGGGAUUCAUUCAGUACACGUAUCCCAAGGACACUGAGCGUAUCGUCCUCUUCGAUGUGUCGCAUAACUUGCCAUCUUUGGCCGAGUUUGUCAAGUCGCAAUCAUACAGCAAUGGUCAGAUUGAGGUCAAGAAGAAAGGCCAGAGAGUACAGGGCUGGGGGGUUUGGAGAGGCGGCUGGGGAGGCACUGGCAUCAAUUGGGGAGUCGGAUCUGAUUACAAGAUCUACUUCUGCAACGACUUCGAUUCCACCCCCUCAACCUGGCAAUACUUUUCCGGGCCGUGGAAUGCUCCAGACAACCCUCCUAGCCCUUCUACGCCAGUGACCUGGGGCAACGCAUCUACAAAUCCACAUGGAGUCCAAGGCGGAGCCGAUGGUGAUGAAGCUGGCAAUAGAGUUGGCGCCUUAUUCACGUUUCCAUCCAAGACAGCGGUUGUCAAGUCCAAGAUUGGAGUCUCGUUCCUCUCCGUGGAGAAGGCCUGCUCGUUUCAGAGCGAGAUCUCAUCCUGGACACUGAACAAGACUGUCGAGGCAACCAAGAAGCUGUGGAAUGAGGAGGUUUUCAGCAAAAUCUCGAUUCAAGAACCCGCCAAAAACGAGUCACGGUUGACCCUCUUUUACUCUGCGUUGUAUCGCAUGCACCAGAUGCCGUCUGACAGGACGGGAGAGAAUCCAGACUGGACUUCCAACGAACCAUACUAUGACGACUACUACACCCUUUGGGAUACGUUUCGUUGUCUCAACAGCUUCUAUCUUCUGGUGCAGCCCCAGCGAGGCAUCGACAUGAUUCGUUCACUCAUUGACAUAUGGAGGCACGUCGGCUUCAUGCCAGACGGUCGCAGUGGCAAUCACAAUGGCAAAGUGCAAGGCGGUAGUAAUGCUGACAAUGUCUUGGCCGAUGCGUAUGUAAAGGGCUAUACGGGGGGCAUCAACUGGAAAGAUGGCUACAAGGCUGUAUGGACCGAUGCAGAAGUCGUUCCGCCGCCUAACAAUGACCCAGAAGAUGCAACCUGUACGGAUAAUCAAGGUCGAUGUGGACUUCCCGAUUGGAUCAAGCUCGGCUAUGUGUCGACAACUUUCUCAUCGAGUAUUAGUCGCACGGUUGAAUACUCCCUCAAUGACUUCGCGGUGAGUCAAAUAGCAAAGGGCAUCGCGCCUCAUGACUAUCAGAAGUAUUUGAACAGAUCGAGCAACUGGAAAAAUCUCUGGAAUCCGGCGAUCAACCAGUAUGGCACGUCCGGGUUCCUCGGUCCUCGCAGCCCCGAUGGAACGAAGAUCACUAUUGGUCCACAAAACACGUCUUUUACGACCGAAGGACUGCCUUGGGAGUACACGUGGACCAUACCAUUUGACAUGCAAGGGCUGAUUGAACACAUGGGCGGUAUCGAAGCGACUGAAAAACGACUUGACCUCAUGUUUGUCCCUAAUCUCCGAACAGUGGACUUGGGGGUGGGAGUUGGAUCAGGAACAACACUUUUCAAUCCCGCCGUGAACCAGUCUCAUAUCAAUAUUGACGGGAAUUACUUUACUGGAGCAAACGGUCUUCCUGGGAACAGUGACGCCGGCGCUAUGGACAGCUGGAUGCUAUGGCAGAUGCUGGGUCUGUACCCGGUGGUCACCCAGCCGGUGUAUUUGAUCCUCGCGCCGUGGUUUGAAGAUAUUUCUGUUUCCGUCGGCGGUUCACAUACUUUGCGUAUCAAGGCACAGGGACUGUCCAACGACAGCUUCUUUGUUCAGAGCUUGAAGGUGAACGGAAAGCCCUGGAACAAGAGCUGGCUGGAGCAUAGCGACAUUGCAAAGGGCGGGCUUUUGGAGUUUGUCCUGGGGCCUGAGCCCAAGGAGUGGGAUACUGGGGAUGUUCCACCAAGCCCAGGGCAUCAGUAG